AUGGAUUUGACGGAAUUGACGAGCGUUCAGAGUUUCGACUCGACGACGCAAGCGCGACGAGUUCUCGAGUUUGUCCGAUGGCAUUUCGCGCAGAACGAGCUCACGUCGACGCAGUGGAGAAUUUUGGAAGACGUCGCCGAUGCCACAAAAGGCAAGCGCCUAUCCAAGUUUUUUUCUGAACAAUUUUAUCUCGAAUUCCACGAAAUCCUCACGUUUCGUCUCGCCCAAUCGAUCGAAUACGAUCGCGACAACGACGCGUUCCUUCAAGUCACCCGCUAUCUCGAGUUGCACCCAUUGUUGCGCCAAAUCCGAAUGCUCAAAACCGUGCGACUUGUGCCCGAUUCGCAGCCAAUCGACGCCUAUCUCAAACGACAUUCGGCGUUCGUCAAACUCGAAUAA